AUGCGUCUGGUGGUUAAAAAACCCAGUAGGAAAUGCGUGCAGCCUAAAUGGGAUUAUGAGGCAGCGGCGGCCGCGGCGGGGGAGGAGCCGGGGCGGGCCGCGCCGGCGGCGCACAGCCGGCCCUACGCCGUGCUCAAGACGCAGAACCUCGCUCUGAUGGGCAGCGUCUUCGGCGUCCUCCUCGUGGCCAUGAUCCUGAUGGCCGUGUGCAUUUACAAGCCCGUCCGCAGGCGGUGACCCCGGAAGGCGCGACCGCUUUCGGCCCGGCGGCUGCGGGGCAGGCCGACGGCAGAGCCCGGACCAUCCCUCCUCCUCCUCCUCCUCCUCCGGUUGCUGUCUGUGUUUGUGGUGCUGCGGGUGUGUUGUACCUGGACUGAGCCAUGAGUUUAAUGUUGGCUUUUUGAGUUGGUUGCUACAUCAACGUUCGUAAGCUUCCAAGAAUGCGGGGAACCUUUUGGAUUCCUCUGAACUGGCGUGGGGGCAUCCUCUGCCUUGAUGAGCAUUUCUAGCGAGUGUGUGCGAUAAACCAGCCGCUUUUAGUUGCAGGUUGUUGCCUCACGUUGUAGCCAGAAAGGGCCUUGGGGUCUCCCUUGCACGGCUGGUGUCUUGCAGCCCGCUUUGUUCUUUUGGAAAAUUGCCACCCUCCUCCGCUGCUCUUUGAGGAAUCCCGUUCACUUUCCACUUGGCCCACCCUGAGUGGGCAGCACAGAGAGCUGCUUCUUUGAGGGAGGUCAGGCCUGAGCGCUCAGAUACAUCAAUGUAUCAUUUUGGAAAUGGUCUCCAAUCACAGAGUGCUCCUGUAGGUUUUUAGCAUGACUGCUUGGAGCAGGAUGUCAAACCACAGGCCAGAUCUGUGGUCCCUCUUCCCUGGCUUGGUGGUUUCCUGACUUUUGAGCAGCUUCCCCGUUUUAAGAGUUUGCAAAGCCUUUCCCAACUCUUCUCUGGCAGCAAGAGCCUUCUGGUGCUGUCGCUCCCCCCACCCCGGAAGUGCAGUCUGCAGAGGGGCGACUCUGCCAGGGCCCCUGCGCUGUACCAGCUGAACUCUCCAGAAUAAACAGCUGCGCACCAGGGCAGACCGUUCUAACUGGGCGUUCCGUACCCAGAACUGGAGUUUGCGCAGAGCAGCCGGCACUUGGGCCUGGGGAUGAGCCGCAGACGGCACACUCACAGCGCCCCUGCCUUUUGGGCCUGCUUUGCCAGCCCCAGUGCCCCACAUGCUCACAGCUGCAUGGGGUGGGGCUGGUCAGGGUGGGGGGGGUACCUGGAGGUGUUCACCUGAAAAACCUGCACUUGGAUUUUUGUUGCUGCUGUUGCGUUCGUCUGGUUUUGCACUUUUUCGGCUAUCAGACUGAAUAUAUCUGAUGUAUAUUUUAAGUGGUUCUCUGUAUUUAAAACAUACGAAUUUUAUCAUGGCAUUAAUUUAUUUGUCUACCUGACUUCAAAAGAAAUGUCCCUUUGGCAAGGAUUCUGCUCUGCCUCUUCUCCCAGUAGCAGUGACCUGCAGCGGCCGUGUUCGGAUCCUUUCGGAGCUGGUGAUGUUGUGAUGUUGAGCACCUUGCAAUAAAGCUUCCCGGCCGUUCUGACCCAUGCA